GUUUUCUUUCUUCUGAAGCCUGAGGAUUCCCCUUGAUUUCCCCACUCCCAUAAAUCUAAAUCCAAGCGACUACACCAUGGAGUCCGAAGAGGAGAAAAACCCUGACGGACAGCCCAAAGAGGAGAACCAACCUGAAGGAUCCUCCGCAGAAGAUAAGACGCCUAAUAAAGAAUCCGGGGAAGAGAAUCAACCUAGUGGGAAUUCCACAGAGAAGAACCCAACAGAUGGACAACCCACGGAAGAAAAGCAAGCAGACACAAAUGCAGUCACCAUGGUGAAGGAGACUGGAUACUACGACACUCUGGGCGUGAAGCCUGGUGCCACCUCAGAGGAGAUCAAGCGUGCCUAUCGCAAGUUGGCACUGAAGUACCAUCCAGACAAGAAUCCCAGCGAGGGCGAACGGUUUAAGCUCAUAUCCCAGGCUUAUGAAGUUCUGUCAGAUCCCAAGAAAAGGGACCUCUAUGACCAGGGUGGGGAGCAAGCGAUUAAAGAAGGAGGCUUAAGUGGCGGCAAUUUCUCUUCACCCAUGGACAUCUUUGACAUGUUCUUUGGUGGUGGAGGCCGAAUGAGUAGAGAGAGAAGAGGUAAGAAUGUCGUCCAUCAGUUGAGCAUCUCUCUGGAAGACUUGUAUGUUGGAGCCACAAGGAAGCUGGCACUGCAGAAGAACGUCAUUUGCGAAAAGUGCAAAGGUUACGGUGGAAAGAAGGGGGCCAUGGAAAAGUGCCCGACGUGCAAAGGGCGAGGUGUCCAAGUGAUUGUGCAACAGAUUGGGCCUGGCAUCGUGCAGCAAAUUCAGACUGUCUGUCCAGACUGUAAAGGGCAGGGUGAGCGGAUAAAUCCCAAAGACCGGUGCACUGCCUGUGGUGGCAACAAGGUGGUUAGAGAGAAAAAGCUCUUAGAAAUCCAUAUUGACAAAGGUAUGAAAGAUGGGCAGAAACUAGUGUUCCAUGGAGAAGGGGACCAAGAGCCUGACUUGGAACCAGGCGAUGUCAUCAUUGUGUUGGAUCAAAGGGACCACCCAGUGUUUCAGAGAAGGGGCCAUGACUUAAUUAUGAAAAUGAAAAUUCAGCUGAUAGAGUCAUUGUGUGGCUUCAAAAAAACAAUUGAAACUCUAGAUGACCGAGUCCUUGUAAUAACUUCCAGGCCAGGUGAAGUAAUAAAGCAUGGAGACGUCAAAUGCAUCGUGAAUGAAGGAAUGCCAAUUUACAAAUCUCCACUGGAAAAAGGUUCCCUAAUCAUACAGUUCUUGGUCGAAUUCCCAGAACAUCACUGGCUUUCUCAGGAUCGGCUGCCUCUGCUAGAAGCUCUGCUUCCCCCACGGGAAGAAGUUAUGAUUACAGAGGACAUGGAUCAAGUUGAUCUGGUUGAAUUUGAUCCCAGGGAGCGGUCUUCUUACCGUAAUCACGGAGAAGCCUAUGAAGAGGAUGAAGGAGGCCCUAGAACUGGCGUACAGUGCCAGACCUCUUGAUCAGAGAUGCGGUGGACUUUUAAGGUGAUGUUUCCAAAAAUUACCUGCAAGGCUUUUUAAAAGCCUACUUGUUUGUUUUGCACAAGUUUGCGUUCUAUGUUCAUUUUUGUAACUAUUUCAUAUUUAAGUGUUACAUGAAAGAUUUGUGUAAUUUAAGACUUGUGUGGUGCAGCUAGGUGAAAUAAUCUGUUUCAGUUACUCUAAGGAUAUGUACAACUUGGAAGAGAGCUCAGUAGAGAACUGACUCUUACUACUAGUUACAGGAAACAACAGUGUCACUUUAAGUAUAAUAAAGUGUUCAAAGACUCUUAAUAGUGUGUAACUGAAGCGUUUCUCCAAUAAAGUUCAUGGACCAUUUCCACA